AAUACAUUUUAUAUUGCUGAAAAAUUUUGUUUAAACUUUAAUUUUAUACCUAUUCAUCCUACAAAACUAUUGUCCAAUAAAAAACUGGUAUUAUUGUGUCAAAUUUAAAAAUUUGACUCUUCAAAAAUGUUUUGCCUCAUUAAAUAUAUUGGUAAGUUUAUAUUUUUGCCUUCGAAUUGUUCCAUAGAAAAAAAUUUAGAUUAUGAAGACUUUCAAAAAGAAGACAUUGAAGAAGAACAAACUGAAGCUGCUCCAGCACCUGCAAGCGAAAACAAGUUUCUUCUAAUCAAUCCAGACUGUCCUAUAGGAAUUCUAAGGGAUUAUAUAAGCAGCCAAUUACAAUUACAAGAUGAUCAAGCAGAAAAUUUUGAGUUGUGCACAGAAAAGGCGACACUUUUAGAUACAAGAAAUGCGCCUCCCACACAGCAAGGCAUCGAUAUUUUAAAAAACAACGAAACCUAUUAUAUUGUUUUUCUACCUGCGGGACUAGGAGAACGUCCGAAAUUAUUGACCCCUUUAUUGGGUCAUUUUACGAGCGAAUAUUUGGAAUUCAUGGCUCAACAAGUCAGAAAAAGUUCAAGCACUAGACUGAAGAAAAAAUCAUCUUUGAAAGUAGCUUCAACUUCAAAUUAUGGUCUUGAUCCCCUUCCAGCAAAUUCAAAAAAAUCAAUCGGAUAAAUUAUUAGUUGUAAAUGUUUGGCUUCUGAAUUUAGAAUAAAGUUUUAGUAGAAUUUACGAAAAAA